GGACUCUACCAUGCACUCGAGCUGGCAUUUUGCGUUCCUCAAGAUGACGGUGUUCCACGUUCUCCAGAAUGACUGACUGCCAUGGCUUGUCAGAAGAUGAAGCCAAAAUGCUGCUGGAGUUGGAACUAUUGGCUGUCAGUGCGACACCUCCAAGAGGAGAUGAGGCGCCGCACCGACCUUCCCCUAAGUCCUCCAAAGCACGAUGCGGAGGCCAAUCACAAACACGAGGCAACCUGGGCCUCAGAAUGCGGGCAGUUAAGGAGGAAGAGGAGGAGGAGGAGAGAGCUGUGAGUGGGGGCUUCAACAUUGAAAUGGAAUAUGAUGCAGAUUGGACAGAAGAGGCGGAAGGAUCCUGGAGAGCCUUUGGGCCGGCCUGCCGCAGUUUGCCUGUGUUUUGUGGCAGCGACGUCAGUACAGCACCAUCAAGUGGCGGCGCUUUGUUUGAAGAUUCACAAGACAACCUGUUGGACCUGCACGCUUGGGAAGACAAUGAGCCCCAGGAGCCCCUAGCAUUGGUUCGAGAAUGCCCUGGAGACGCCAUGGGCGCUGAUAUUUGGACAAAGGGUGCCAAGGACCAAGGUCGGCGAGCAACAGCGAGACGAGGACCCAUGGCUCAGGACAAACAUGCGAAAGGUGACUCAGGCAUAGCCAGCCGAAUGGUGAUGGUUUUUUCGUGUCCCUGUGAAAGCCAAGGUCACCAUGCUUCAUCAGUCGGUGCUGCCCGAGGAGCCCACGCUUCUACUUCACAAGCAACAGCGCAACCAAAGAUCCGCAUCCUGGUAAGACCAGCAGCCGAAGUCACAGAAUUGGAGCACGAGGUGCACAUGCAGCACACAACUCAGAAAGAAGCACCAGAGGAUCCGUGGUGUACAGGCCCCGAUCCUUGGUCAAUGGGCCGCGAGCGGGGCGCACAAGGCCGAGGUGGACAAGGCAGAAACCGCCGAUGCCACGCGGGAUAGCUUUUGCAGAAAACAGCAAUGUGAGGUGGACCGGGGGGUCGUGCUUUUUGCAUUUUGUGUAGUUGUUG